UCUGAGCACUGUAUACUAAAAUAUUUAACAUUUAUUUAGCGUAAAACAACACAACAUGAUAAUGAUUUUAAGCAAUAUGCAUGCAACAUACAUGUAAGUGAGGCAUGCAGGAAAUAAUGACAUAACGGCAAAAGGGUGGAGGAACUAAAACCAGACGAAGCUGUCAGACACUAUUACUGAUCUGUAAAAGCAAGUACUUGAGGCAGCAAAAAUGUCUGCGAAUCUCCUACCAGGUGUUUGGAUCCUGACAUCUCUGCUUUUCUCAGGCAUUCAUGCUGCUGACUGGAUAGUGGAUGUUCCUAGUGAUCCAGUUUACGCUCCUCUCGGCUCUUCUGUAGUCCUGCAGUGCAGGUAUGACUAUCCUGAAGACCCAGAGCAGGGAAAACCACACAGAGUGAAGUCAGAGAUGUGGUGUUUGAAUCAAAGCCAUUGCAUUACGCAGAGAUACGUGUACCACAGUGCAGGAAUAUUCCCUGAGCCCUCGUACCAGGGUCGUGUCAAGUACUUUGGGCAGACGGGCAGCAAAAACUGCUCUCUGAUGAUCUCUGAUCUGAGGUCAGCGGACAGCGGCGUGUACGUGUUUCGCUUCAUCACUGACCACCAGAAUGCCAAACUGCCAGGACAGAGAGGAGUGAAUCUGCAGGUUACACAGCUGAUGACAGCAAAAAGUGCAUCUUCAUCCACUAUUGGCAUUGUGUUUGGAGUUAUUGUCAUUGUCAUAAUAAUAGCAUGCAUUUUACUAUUCAUCAGAAAUAAAUCACGGAGCCAGAGGUCAAGAUCACUUUGAACAAGGAAUUGAUGCUGUAUUACAGUGGUUCUCAAACUGUGGUACGUGUACCACUAGUGGUACGCCGGCUUCCUUCUAGUGGUACGCGGAGGAAUGAAGAAUGUCAUGUACAUGCUACACACAUUUCAAAAUUUAUCAAAAAUUAUGUAUAUAAUAUGCCACAUAUGAUAUAUAGCCUAUGUUUCUGAGGUAAUCUGCCACGUUUUUUAACUGUGCAGAGUUUUAGCUGCUUUACUGGGCCUACUAUGGUACUGUAUUUCAAUACUGCUCAUUUUGGUGGUACUUGGAGAGACCAUUUUUUUCUUCUGAGGUGGUACUUGAUAAAAAAAAGUUUGAGAGCCACUGCUGUAUUACAUAAGUACCAGCAUGGGGAAAAAACUGGUCACUGUGAUAAGAAAUGAUGCUUCUGCUUUUCACCGUUUGCAGCAACCUUUACAUCCUUUUAAGAGACUUUUUGUCUGAUAUUUAUCUAUUUAUAUUAUUUUCUGCACAUCAAGCUGCACAAUGUUGUUGUCUACUGUAUAUCACAUUGUAUUUUAAUUUUAGCAUGACCUCUGCCAAUGGAUCAACAUUAGUGGUCUUCAGAGAGUCUGUGAAAAACAGAAUUUAAUACUGCUACAAAGUUUAAUUCGAUAUUGUGGAUGCCUAAUGUACAUUGUAAUCAAAUGUGCUGUCAUGUAUGAACUAUUAUUUAAAUAUAAAAGCAAUUCGUAUUAUUAAAGAAACAAUUCACCGCAAAAUUGUGGUAAAUCUUUGUUUUUUAAUGGUUGGUUUAUUUACAAAUCAGCAUUAAAUAAGAAAUCCUUGAUUUCCAAUUACCCAAACCCCCCACCUACCCAUUUAUGUUAAAGGGCACCUAUUUUCCCCUUUUUCAAGGGGUAAGACAAGUCUUUUGUGUCUCCAGAAUGUGACUGCAAAGUUUCAGCCUAAAACACCCAUCAGAUUAUUUGUUAUAUCUUUCUGAAUAUGGGAAAUUUCAGCUGUUAAGACAUUGUAACUGUUUUGCCUGUGCCUUUAAUCCAAUAUAGGCUGGUUCUUCCGGCCCAACGUUCCCACUGAUGCGUGUAGUAGCCUUCCUAAACAGCCCAGAUUUGUUGUGGAGUUAAUUCAAGCCUUUCUGCAACGAUGAGUCGCACGCAAUGUUAUAAAGUUAACACACACACGUUUAGCUUUACUUAACUUAAUCUGUCAAUCAAUUCGGUGAGUGGGGAAACUGCACUCCUACACCACACUGAAAACAAAUGUCCAAAAUUUUCACAACAUUUUACUUAAAUUAUUCACAAUAAAUUACAUUAGUAUCUCUUUACAGGACUUAACAGCAAAAAUUCACAAUAAUGUGUUGUAUUCAUAAUUUUAUUGUGAAAUUAGGGCAGGUUGCAUGAUUACAGCAAAUUACUGUAAAAAGGGCUAUAUCUUUUGCAUUUUAGUUUCAAACUCUUUUUAUUUAAUUUAACAUAGACAUUAAUACAAACGAACUUUUACAAACGAAGUAUUGGCACUUUUUUGAUAUUUAGAAGUAACAAUGUAAUUGCAGCCCCAAAAACAAUUUGGUUACAUCUUCAAAAAUAAAUAAAGAAAAAAUCCUCCUGUUUUGAAACGACAUGUAUGUCAUAGCAAAGUUUUAUUUUUCAUGCACUGCCCCUUUAUUUAGUUUUAAAAGAUUAACAUGGAAAUAUGAUUUCAAAGUAAGGGUAAAUGUCAAAAUUAAUAGCACAUGAAUGCCUACUUCACAGUAAAUAUAGUUAAUUCUACAAAGUAGUACUGUAAAAUCACAGUAAUAGGCUAUUAUCUACUGUGAAGUUACUGCAACAAAAUCACACUAAAUUACUGUGAACUACCUCACUGUAAUUUGCUGUGAAUUUACACACAGUAUUUUACUGUGAAAGCAAUGCAAUUAUUAGCCAGUAA